AUGGAGGGACUGUUUAGGACUGAUUUUAUUUCUUUCUUUUGGAUUCCAACGACCUCUUGUUGGGGAAUUUCCUCCCAAAACAGUUGGUACGUAUUCACCAGUCAAAGGUCCAACAGAGAAAGAUCUAGCGUCUCCUCUUUUAAGCGUCUGCUCUUUUUUUUAAGCGUCUCUCUUUUUAAACGUCUGCGCUUUUUAUUCUUUAUUUUUGCACAUGCCUUCUUCAUAUUUUUCCUCCUUCUCUUCAUUUUUACUUUUCCUUCUUUUCUUUUCAUCUAUUUCUUCUUCUCUUAUCUUUUUCACCGUACAAUCCAUUUUUUUUAUUUUUCACAGUCUCUUUCCUUUCCUUCUUUUUUUUUACAUUUUUUCUGUUUCUUCUCUUGUCUCUUUUUGUCAGCAUGUCUUCAUUUAUUCUACUCUUUCAUCUUUUUCUUCUUUGUCUUCUUUUUUCAUAUCUUUCCUUGUUUACUUUCUUCUUUCCUUCAUUUUGCAAGAUUAUUCUCUUCUCCCUUGAAUUCACGUUUUUCGUCUUUCUUUUUUUUUUUUCAUUUCACUUUCCUUUUUUUUUCCUCCUCUAUUUCUACAUCUAUGCACGUCAUGCAUCACCUUUUUAAUUUUCAUUUCUUUUUGUCUUCUUUUUCUUUUCAUUUUCCUCUUCGGGUCUCUUUUUUUUACCUUUUCUUUUCUUGUUUACUAUGCACUCCUUUAUUUAUUCUUCUUCAAAUUCAUUUUUUCUUUCUUUUUUCUUCCUCUUGGCUUUCUUUUUCUUUCAUUUUACUUUUUUCUUCUUCUUGUUUCUUCUUUUAUUAG